AUGAUAGUGACUCUGCCGCUACCAAGCCAAGUUUCCAAAUACUGGCCAGAAGGCGUCGUCUCAGUUCUCCAAUGGUUUGCAUUCUGGAGCUUUUCCAUUCUACUUACGGUGCCCUGGCUGUUUUGCGUUUAUCAACUUGUCACCAACCAACUUGGGCGCACAAAGCGUAUCAAGCAAGUACUUGAUGACGUUACCGCCCCAAAAGUUGUGAUUGUGAUGCCAUGCUACAAGGAAGAGCCUGAUGUGCUUAUCACAGCUAUUAACUCUGUUGUUGACUGCGACUAUCCCGCUGCCUGUAUCCAUGUAUUCCUCUCUUUUGACGGUGAUCAAGAAGAUGAGCUCUAUCUCAACACGAUAGAAAAACUGGGAGUACCUUUAACAAUGGAAUCAUACCCGAAGAGCAUCGAUGUCCAAUACAAAGAGGCACGCAUCACCAUCUCUCGGUUCCCUCAUGGUGGCAAAAGGCACUGCCAGAAAUCGACAUUUAAACUUAUCGAUAGAGUAUACGAACAAUACCUUAAGAUGAAUGACAAUCUAUUCAUCUUGUUCAUCGAUUCAGACUGCAUACUGGACAAAGUCUGUCUACAGAACUUUGUUUAUGACAUGGAGCUCAGUCCCGGCAAUUCUAGAAACAUGCUGGCCAUGACUGGCGUCAUUACAUCGACGACGAAAAAGCACAGCAUCAUCACGCUGCUUCAAGAUAUUGAAUAUAUACAUGGCCAACUUUUCGAGCGCACGGUAGAGUCAGGCUGCGGAUCCGUGACUUGCCUUCCCGGUGCCCUGACCAUGCUUCGCUUCUCCGCGUUUAGGAAGAUGGCCAAAUAUUAUUUCACAGAUAAAGCUGAGCAGUGCGAAGACCUGUUCGACUUCGCAAAAUGCCACUUGGGAGAGGAUCGUUGGCUCACCCACCUCUUCAUGAUCGGCGCCAAAGAACGGUACCAGAUACAGAUGUGCACGUCGGCGUUUUGCAAAACGGAAGCCGUACAGACCUACCGCUCCCUUAUUAAGCAGCGGAGGCGAUGGUUUUUGGGCUUCAUCACCAACGAAGUAUGCAUGCUGACGGAUUGGCGUCUAUGGAAACGGUACCCUCUCUUGGUGAUUGUCCGCUUCAUGCAAAAUACCAUCCGCACGACAGCACUUCUCUUUUUCAUCAUGGUACUUGCACUGAUAUCGACCGUUGCAAAAGUCAAAGAUUUGCCUGUGGGAUUUAUCGGUGUCUCCCUCGGUCUAAAUUGGCUCUUGAUGCUCUAUUUUGGUGCAAAGCUUCGACGUUUCAAAAUAUGGCUCUAUCCACUCAUGUUUGUCCUGAACCCUUUCUUCAACUGGUAUUACAUGGUAUAUGGCAUAUUCACUGCUGGGCAAAGGACUUGGGGAGGCCCGAGAGCUGAUGCUGCCGUUGCCGACGGCAAUACCACCGCACGAGAGGCAGUCGAAAAGGCUGAAAAGCAAGGGGACGAACUUAACGUGGUUCCAGAGACAUUUCUGCCCGCUCUCGAGGCAAGAAGGGCAGCAAGCACAAAGGGUCACCCCAACACUCGGCUUGAGCAUAAGGGAAGCGUGGUUAGGCCUCCUGAUGGCAUCGACGGCAUGUUUUCUGCUAGACAGAAGACACCAGCCGGACUUUAUACACAUCUCGACGAAUCAGAUAUCGGUCUUGGAACACCGAUUGCAUUGUCCACUAACCCGUCUUCCUCAUGGGACGCACUGCAAAGAAACUCUCUCGAGGGUUUCCAGCUCAACGGAACGGGAGCCGUUACAAUGGACCAGUUUAUGGGAGAGGAAGACAGGAUAAAGUAUGCCAUAGCCCAGCGGGCACAGUUCCAACGAAGCACUAGGGUUGAUGCCGCAUCAAGCAAGGAGUCUCCGGAUGUUGAGCUCAUUGAUCUCUCGUCGGAGUCGUAA